AAGAUCUUAACCGAAAUACCAGGGACAACGGUGGAUUCAACCAAACAAAAAUAUAACAUGAGUGUUGCGACCGAUUCUCAAGUGCAUUCUUCAGAUACUUCGUCUGAUGAAAAAGCCAGUCACAAACCACUUUUUUUGUGCCCUCUUCCACGAAUAAUGAAAGGAUACUCCGGUUUUUUCAUUUACCCGGUCAACUCUUCUCCCGAAUACGUUGUCUCUACGACAAGAAGUGAUACGCAGUAUGAAGAUCACUCGGUACUCCCUUUGUUUUGGUGCAACAAUAAAGAAUUUGAUAUUAAUGGUGGGUGCGGCAUAUGCAGAUAUUCAAAUUUUGGUACAGACUAUUAUUUCUGUGUCGAAUGUGAUAAAAUAUUUCACAAAGAAUGCAUCCAAUCUCCAUCUAAAAUCAAACAACCUUACCAUCCUGAACAUUCUCUCCAACUUUCAUAUUUUCGUUUUCGUGAUUUUGGAAAACAAUCUGGGUGUUUAUGUUGUGGAAGAGAAACAAUGAAUCUGGUGUAUUAUUGUACCAAAUGUAAAGCUAAAAUGCAUACAGUAUGUGCGAUGAAGCCAAUACCCUUCCUCGUGGAACAACCAAAAAUCCAUGACCAUCCCCUCACUCUUUUUCCUAGGCAAGCUUCACUAACUUGCAACGUUUGUGGCUUAUUGAGAAAGCUUAGUCUGACCUAUGUUUGCCUCGAAUGCAACUUUGUUGCUCACAACGAUUGUAUGAAUUCACCAAACGUCAUCAAGAUAUCACGUCACCACCAUCGUAUCUCCUACACUUCUUCCAUCCAGCUCGAAGAAUGUUUUUGUGGAGUUUGUCGUAAAAGUAUUGAUUGUGACUAUGGUGCGUAUACUUGUAAUAAGUGUAGUGAUUAUGCUGUCCAUUCAAGAUGUGCUCUUGCGAAGCAUGUUUGGGACGGAAGAGAUCUCGAAGGUGUUCUAGAAAAAGAUGAUACAACAAAAGAUGUUGAGUCUUUUGAGAGGAUAUCUGAAGGAGUGAUACUUCAUUUUCUUCAUGACCAUAAUCUCCAGCUCCAAGUAAGCAUAUUUUAUGAUGAAAAUAAGCUUUGUCAAGCGUGUGUACUUCCUAUCUUUAAAAGUAGCUACUAUUCUUGUAUGGAGUGUGCGUUUGUCCUCCAUGAAACUUGCGCAAAAGCUCACCGCAUUAUUCAACAUGCAUUACAUCCUCAUCCACUUGCAUUAAAGACUGACUCGGGAUAUAGUCAAGGUUACUUCUUUUGCAGUGCUUGUAAUCGUUGUACAGGUGGUUUUAUCUAUCAAUGUCCAAUAAGGGAAUGCGAAUUCGACAUUGACAUUCGGUGUGCUUCAAUUUCUGAGCCGUUUGAUUACAAAGGUCAUGAACACCCCUUAUUCUUAGCUUUAGAUCCAAGAGAAAAACUUGAGUGUCUCAUAUGCAAAAAAAGAUAUGCCGUAUAUGAUGAAUAUGAGUUAAGGUUUAUGAAUUGCAUAAAUUGUGGUUUUAUCGUAUGUAUGGACUGCACUACCUUACCAUACGAAGCAAGGUAUAAGUAUGAAAAACAUUUUCUCAAAAUUUUAUAUGGAGAAAAGUUAUAUGAGAAAGAUUGGUGGUGCGAGGUGUGUGAACAUAAUUUAAAAGACACACAUACAAAUGUGUUAUAUUGGUGCAGCGACUGUUGCACUACUGUUCAUAUUGAAUGCUUAUUAGGUAAAGACCCAUAUGUGAAGCCUGGUCAGUUUUUCGAAGUAAAUGGGAAGGAAGUUGAAGUUCUUUGCAAAACUUAUGCUUCUCGACCAUUAUGCGGUAAUUGCAAGAACCCUUGUCAAGGAAAAAUAUUGAAGAGAGACAACCUUAUAGCAUGCUCCCGGAGAUGUGGGUCUAAGAUUUUUUAAUUGAGUCCAAUGUGUUUAUAUAUUCCUCUAUAUAUUUAAGUUAAUUUACGUUUAUACUUUAUUUUAAAAUGUUAAGCUUUGACAUAGAUGUGUAAAUGUUUGUUUCUUUCAUAUAAUCUUAUAUAUAAUAGCAGAGUUUU